UCACCACCUAGAAACGAGCCCAAAUCAAUACCGCAGCGGCAAAAGAAGAAGCCUGCGGCUGCGAAAAGGACUGCGAAGAAGACGAAGUGGGAUGCGGAGAGCAUUCUGAAGGAUCCAAAGUCUCCCCUAGCUACCGCUAACCUGAGGAGCAUUUUAUGCAAUCCCCUGACAUGGACCGCCCUGGAUCAAGAUGAAAAGACAGAAAUCCUGUCGCUGUUUCCAGACAAGGGACACAUUCUCGACGCCGGCACAGAAGACGCGCGGCCCAAUUUUGCGUCGCUCAUGAACGACGACAGCUUUCGCUACGACUGCGCGGCCUACACGGACAACAUUGCGCAAGGCCGUCAUGAUCCGGAGUGGCUUGCGUCUGCCUGGAGCGCCCAUGAGAGGAGGAGGGCGGGUGAUUUCAACAAGUAUCUGAUUGAUAAGCUGGAGGAGGACUGGGGGGUUGAGAUUCCGGAGGAGAUGAAGAUGAGGCGG